UGGCCCGGAAAGCCGCUUUCCGACACCCAGCCGUUGCGCGCGCUUGCUCUUUAAAUACUCGGAGUGCGUGGCGCGGAGCCGUCGCCAUGGCGACGCGUGUCCCAGCAACCGGACUGAAUGGCUGUUGCCUGGCAACGCCGGGGCAGACGUUUUGGGACCGCCCACUUAGAUGCUUGCGCCGUCCCCCGCGGGCGGGUGGGGGGGCUUCCGCGCCCCCGCGCCUGCCGCCCGGCUUCCCUCCAGCCCCGCGCACCGAAGUGUUACCAAAGUCCCUUGUCCAGUCUACUCGCUGCGACCGAGAACUGCUCCUAAUGCGGACGCAACUGGGGGAUGUAACCUCCGGAGGGAGCCCGACCCCGCGCUCCACGUGCGCUGUGCCCCAAAUACCUCCCCGCGCCCGAACGUUUCUGCCCUUCGUACCUCUCCCCUGCCAUCCCCCCCUCACGUACAGUCCCCUGGUCACCACCACGUGCCUGCCUCCCCCAACUGCACUGUGCUCCCCACGAUAGCUCUGGGCCCCAAAUACCAUUCUGUUGCCCCACCUAGUCUCUGCCUCGUAAACGCGUCAUUAACCUGCCCCAUGUCCCCUCCCGCAUUCCGCUGUCCUCUCCCGUACACCUCGGUGCCCCUUCCCGGAACCUCGGGACCCCACCCCCCGAGCGCCAUCUCCUCCGGACUCCGCCCCCACGCGCCCCGGGGUCCCCGUGGCGGUCCGCCCCUCCGCCCACGGAGCGGCGCGUCCCUGCGCUCCGCGUCCGAGCCCCUGGCCUGCGCGCCGGGGCUCCGCGCGCCCAUCCCCCACCCCCCACCCCCACCCCCCGCUCCGGCCCCUCCCGCGACCCGGGCGUCCCUGCGUUGUCGCGCGCGGCCGCCAGGCUCCCGGGGGCCGCCAGGGGGCGGGAGAGCCCGGCCCGCCGCCUGGCGGAGGACCGGGCCGGAAUGACCCUGCGGUCCCGUGGAGCGUGAAGUGGAACUUUCUUCCCUCGCCCCCUCCUCGGGAGAAAGCCGAGGCGGGAAGGCCGGCUGCUGAACGCGUCGGCAGGGGCGGGGACUGUGGGCUUCGGUGGAUCUGCGUGCGGACCGGGACGGGGAGCGGCUGGGACAGGGCGAGGAGCGGCGGUUCCGGGAAGGGGCGGGGGGCGGGGGUCCAAAAGGGGCACCAGCCCACCCUUUCUCGAGGCUUCUCGUUCCUCCCCAGCCCCCACAGCGGGGCUUCGAGGGGUGCGGUGAGAGUGGCAGCGCGGUGAGGGACGUGAGGGCGAGCUUCCUCGGCCUGCUGUCCAGGAGCCUGACCUAGCCCACUUCCUCUGACCCUUUUCUCGCCUUGGUUGUCGCCCUGAGGCUAAAACCGAGAGCCUGGGAGACCCAGGGCCUUGAUUCCCCCCACCCUUCACCGCCUUCUGGAGCCAGGGAGUGGUUGGUGAAAGAAGGAGACCACUUGGAGAACAAACAGGUUGUCAGAGGCUUGAGUGGCUGGAGCCCAGGUUUCCCACCUGAGGGGCCAGGAAUGACUGGGGAGGAGGCGGAAGCAGGAGGUAGGGAAGGGGGGAGGGGCGGGGUUUUGUCCCCUGUCACCUGCUUUGGCUGAGCCUAGGGCGGGCCAGGGACCGGUAUAAAGCGGCAGGUGCCUGUGACCGCCCCACCUCACACGCAGCGCGUUCUGGACACUGCUCUGCCCCUCCCCACCCGGUUCACCACCACCAUGACACCGGGCUUCCAGGCCCCUCUCUUCCUCCUGCUCCUGGUAGCCCAACAGCUUACAGGGGACAGCAGCCCCGCCUCGGGCUCGACCACCAACCUGGGACACCACAGCGCCUCGUCCCCAGACUCCCGUGGCACCUCAUCCCCGACCGGCAGCCCCGCCUCGGGCUCGACCACCAACCUGGGACACCACAGCGCCUCGUCCCCAGACUCCCGUGGCACCUCAUCCCCGACCGGCAGCCCCGCCUCGGGCUCGACCACCAACCUGGGACACCACAGCGCCUCGUCCCCAGACUCCCGUGGCACCUCAUCCCCGACCGGCAGCCCCGCCUCGGGCUCGACCACCAACCGCGGACACCACAGCGCCUCGUCCCCAGACUCCCGUGGCACCUCAUCCCCGACCGGCAGCCCCGCCUCGGGCUCGACCACCAACCUGGGACACCACAGCGCCUCGUCCCCAGACUCCCGUGGCACCUCAUCCCCGACCGGCAGCCCCGCCUCGGGCUCGACCACCAACCGCGGACACCAGAGCGCCUCGUCCCCAGACUCCCGUGGCACCUCAUCCCCGACCGGCAGCCCCGCCUCGGGCUCGACCACCAACCGGGGACACCAGAGCGCCUCGUCCCCAGACUCCCGUGGCACCUCAUCCCCGACCGGCAGCCCCGCCUCGGGCUCGACCACCAACCGGGGACACCAGAGCGCCUCGUCCCCAGACUCCCGUGGCACCUCAUCCCCGACCGGCAGCCCCGCCUCGGGCUCGACCACCAAUCGGGGACACCAGAGCACCUCAUCCCCGACCGGCAGCCCCGCCUCGGGCUCGACCACCAACCUGGGACACCACAGCGCCUCGUCCCCAGACUCCCGUGGCACCUCAUCCCCGACCGGCAGCCCCGCCUCGGGCUCGACCACCAACCGGGGGCACCAGAGCACCUCGUCCCCAGACUCCCGUGGCACCUCAUCCCCGACCGGCAGCCCCGCCUCGGGCUCGACCACCAACCGGGGGCACCAGAGCACCUCGUCCCCAGACUCCCGUGGCACCUCAUCCCCGACCGGCAGCCCCGCCUCGGGCUCGACCACCAACCGGGGGCACCAGAGCACCUCGUCCCCAGACUCCCGUGGCACCUCAUCCCCGACCGGCAGCCCCGCCUCGGGCUCGACCACCAACCGGGGGCACCAGAGCACCUCGUCCCCAGACUCCCGUGGCACCUCAUCCCCGACCGGCAGCCCCGCCUCGGGCUCGACCACCAACCGGGGGCACCAGAGCACCUCGUCCCCAGACUCCCGUGGCACCUCAUCCCCGACCGGCAGCCCCGCCUCGGGCUCGACCACCAACCGGGGGCACCAGAGCACCUCGUCCCCAGACUCCCGUGGCACCUCAUCCCCGACCGGCAGCCCCGCCUCGGGCUCGACCACCAACCGGGGGCACCAGAGCACCUCGUCCCCAGACUCCCGUGGCACCUCAUCCCCGACCGGCAGCCCCGCCUCGGGCUCGACCACCAACCGGGGGCACCAGAGCACCUCGUCCCCAGACUCCCGUGGCACCUCAUCCCCGACCGGCAGCCCCGCCUCGGGCUCGACCACCAACCGGGGGCACCAGAGCACCUCGUCCCCAGACUCCCGUGGCACCUCAUCCCCGACCGGCAGCCCCGCCUCGGGCUCGACCACCAACCGGGGGCACCAGAGCACCUCGUCCCCAGACUCCCGUGGCACCUCAUCCCCGACCAGCGGCGCCGCCAGCCACAGCUCCAGGACUAUUGCUGGUAGCACUCAUCGUAGUGUAGAACCUCCCACCUCCUCCAAUCGUAGCACUUCUCCCCUGCUGUCUCUUAGGAUCUCCUUCUUCUUCCUGUCCUUUUCCAUUUUGAAUCUUCAGUUUAACUCUUCUCUGGAAGAUCCCAGCACCAAAUACUACCAGGAGCUGCAGAGAAACAUUUCUGAGUUGUUUUUGCAGAUUUAUGAACAGGAAGGUUUUCUGGGCCUCUCUAACAUCAAGUUCAGAGCAGGAUCUGUGCUGGUGGAAUCAAUUCUGGCCUUCCGCAAGGGUGUCACCGAUGCCUCCGCCGUGAAGACACAGUUUGAAGAGCACAGAAAGGAGCUAGCCAAAUAUAACCUGUCCGUUUCAGGUGUUAGCGUGCAAGACAUGUCGUUCCUUUCUGCCAGCCAGUCCAGCUCUGGGGUACCUGGCUGGGGCAUCGCCCUGCUGGUUCUGGUCUGUGUCCUGGUUGCACUCUCCAUCCUCUACGUCAUUGCCCUGGCUGUGUGUCGGUGCUGUCGGAAGGACUGUAGGCAGCUGGACCUCUUUCCAACCCACGACGCCUACCACCCUAUGAGCGAGUACCCGACCUACCACACCCAUGGGCGCUAUGUGCCGCCAGGCAGCACACGCAGCCCCUAUGAGGAGGUCUCUGCAGGCAACGGGGGCAGCGGGUUCUCUUAUGUGAACCCGAACCCAUCAGCCACUUCCGCCAACUUGUAGGAGCACGUUGCCCGCCGCCACCACCGAGCAUUGGGACGCCAGUGCCUCGUGCCUCCCCCAGGCUCCUCACUGCCAGAAUCCUCUCCUCUCAACUCUGUUCAGGGCUGGUGAGCUGGGAGUUCAGGCGGGCUGCUCACGAGUCCCACCAGGUCUCUCAACCGAUGUCAACCCUGCUGAAGCCCAUCCGAGCCCCUUGGGGACAGGCCUGGGACAGUGGCUCCCAGGAAGCCCGGCCCAGAAAACCCUGAGAUGGAAGUGCAGACCAGACCGGGGCUGAAUAAAGCGGGGCCCUCCUCUGUGCUGACUGCCAACUUUGGAUCUGUCAUC